GAAAAAAGAAUAAUACACGUAAAGAUUUUUUCCUUUCUGACGUCGACAAUGCGCAUACUGCGAUGGACGUUUCUCUUGUUCGCGUUGUGCGGUUGUUUCCCACCCUCGUCGUGGACAACGCGCCUGAAAAGAUACUUGUACAAGAUUUACGCUGUAUUUUCAUUCAUAGCGUUGAACAGUUUCUUACUUUCACAAAUAUUGGACAUGGUGUACAAUGUAAAAGACACGGACGAUUUCAGUGACAAUUUCUCGGUAACUGUGGUAGUAUUCGUCACGUGUUUCAAACUGAUCACUAUACUGACACGCCGUGAGAACAUUCUACUUUUGUGCAACGCCCUAAAGCAGGAGCCACUUUCGCCGAUGAACACGGAAGAAUUUGAAAUUUUCUUGAAAUUCGAAAAGCUCACCGAUUGGAACACGCUUGGCUACUUCAUCCUACUUAUGUCUUCUUCAUUGUGUAUACUGAUGGGAUCGCUUCUCGCAAAUUUCAAGAUCAGAAAAUUGGCGUUUCGAACGUGGCUGCCUUACGAUUACUCGACCGCGUCUGCAUUUCUGCUUGCCUUCGCUUACCAAAUCGUGGUCGCAACGGUGUGCACCUUCGCAUGCGUCGCCAGCGAUACUUUGUACAGCGGCCUGUUGAUACAUAUUAGCUGCCAAUUCGAAAUACUGGAGCAUCGUCUGAAAAACAUUGGAUCGGAUAAAAAUUAUAGUAUGAAACAGUGUGUUCGUCAUCACAAUCAUAUAUAUAAAUAUGGAGAGAUGGUGAACGAUGCAUUUCAAUCGAUCAUGUUCUUUCAAUUCUGCACGAGUCUGUCAAUGAUCUGUUUCAAUUUCUACCGAAUAAUGCAAAUAGAAAUGGAUUCGAGAUACAUAGGGACAAUCCUCUACAUGGUGUGCUCGUUAAUGCAGAUAUUUUAUUAUUGUUGGUUCAGCAACGAAGUCAAGCUCAAGGUUCGUUAUUGCCAAGUGAAAGAUACGAAUAUGACACAUGAUUAUGAUUUUCUUUUCUUCUUCUUCUUCGUUCCACAGAGUUUGGAACUUUCCGAUAUGAUAUUCAGAAGCAAUUGGACAUCGUUGAAUAACAACGUUCAGAGGGCCAUUCUAUUGGUAAUGAGGCGUUCGAUGAAACCCAUUGAAUUUACCAGCAUUUACAUCGUAUCCGUGAACCUCGAUUCCUUCAUGACAUUGUUGAAAAGUUCGUACUCAGCGUUCAGUGUGUUGCAACAGAGCCGAGAAUCUUGUCAACUUGUUUUUAAAAAUGUAAUUCCUCGCGUUAUAUCGUCGCAUCGCAGUAAUGUCAGUAAUUACGAUAAUUGCAUAGGGUUUGAUCCCGAUUUUGAUUUACAAAGCAGAAUAAAUCAUUUAUCGAAUAAAAUGCACUUAUUGCGAUGGACAUUCAAGCUUUUCGUUGCCACUGGAUACUUUUUAUCACCGAAAGUCAAGUCUCCGACAAAACGAUUUCUCUACAAUGUAUAUACCGUCGUGAUGACAUUAUUUUUAUUAAGUUUCUUGCUCACGUUAAUUGUGCAAAUCGUUCUCCAUGUGAAAACUGCGGAUGAAUUCAGUAAAAAUUUCGGUAUAACCAUCACGGUAUUCACCACCAUUUGUAAGUUUAUCAACUUACUGUUCCGACGAGGAGUUAUCGUAAGUUUGUUGGAUUUGUUGCAAAAGGAACCCUUCUUGCCGAUGAACAUAGAAGAAAUAAAAAUUCACACGAAGUACAACAAGCUAAUCGAGAAAGUCAGUAUUUUUUAUACGUUGCAAAACAUAUCCUGCCUGAUCGCUUUGAUUGGCGCAACAUUAAUCACCGAUUUCAAGAAGAAAAAAUUAACUUUCGAGGCUUGGAUACCUUUCAAUUAUACUGCCUCCUGGUUUUUGUUCUCUUUAACUUUUAUCCAUCAGUGCGGAUGCGCGGUGGUCACUUCCUUUGGGAUCAGUAUUUUCGAUACCCUAUUCGCCGGCCUCCUACUUCAAAUAUGUUGUCAAUUGGACACGCUUGUAUACCGACUGCAAAAUAUCAAAGAAGACGCGAUUCAAUCGUUGAAAUAUUGCGCGCGUCAACACGAAUUGAUAUACAGAUUCACCGAAUUGAUGAAUAAAUUGUUCAGUUCGAUAUUGUGCUUGCAAUUUUUGAUUAGCGCGGCCGCAAUAUGCUUUAGCGUUUAUCGGGUAAUAUAUACGAAAACAGAUUCACAAUUUGCAGGAGCGAUAAUAUUUGUUUUUUCCGCAUUAAUUCAAAUCUUUUACUUUUGCUGGCACGGGGAUAUAGCAAAAUACAAAAGCCUUGAGAUUCCCGACAUGAUAUUUAAUAGCAAUUGGCCGAAUUUGAGCAACGACGCCAAGAAAAUUCUCUUGAUAAUCAUGGCACGCUCGUUGACGCCUGUCGAGGUCGUCAGCGCUCACAUUAUACCCCUCAAUCUGGAAUCUUUCAAGGGUUUGAUAAAAGCUACUUACUCGGCGUAUAACAUGCUGCAACAGGCUAAAUAGAAUUUAUGUGGUUUAUGGUGUCGUUAGUGGUAACGUUUUCUUCUGUUCCUUCCUGGUGUAUGGAAUAAUGAUGAUUAAAGAGAAGGAAAACAAGCUAUUCGAACAAAUAAAUUAUGUAGCUUUCAAAUGUAAUAAAUUUAUUAUAAAUUUAAUAUUCAAAUGAGAUUUGAAAUUUCAGAAUGGGAACUUAUUAUAAAAUUUUGAAACAAUUUCAAUGGAGAAUUAUCCAUAAUCCAAGUGAAUCCACAAAAAAUCUGAUUAAAAAA